CUGCAAGUGAGGUGCAUGGUGCUCGCUUCACAAAUCACAAUUCGCUUUUCCAUUCAAUUUCGAAAUUCGAACGUCUCCCACGAUUUCAUUUGUCUUCUAUCCUCGUCUGCCAAGCGUCUCCGAUGGCCUUGUGUUAAAGAUCAUACACAUGGUGGUGGGGUUCUUCCCAUCCUGUGUGAGUUUACCUCAAGAGUGCAACUGGCCCAAGUACAUUUCGGAUCGUUUCAUCCCCAAAAGAGACAAGAAAGAAAUAAGAAGAAAUUACAUUAGAAGACCUGAAAUAUUGCCUUCUGAUCAUGGAGAGGCAACUGGGCCUCGGGUUUUUGUGCUUUCUGAUUUGCACACUGAUUACUCAGAAAACAUGGCUUGGGUGAAAUGCUUAUCAGCUGUGGGAUACAAGAAGGAUAUUCUUCUUGUUGCGGGUGAUGUGGCCGAGAUGUACAAGACCUUUGUGUUGACAAUGUCUCUAUUGAGAGAAAGAUUCAUGCAUGUCUUCUAUGUACCUGGAAACCAUGACCUCUGGUGUCGAGGAGAGGAUUAUGUUGAUUCAAUUGAAAAGUUGAACGCAUUACUUGAUGCAUGUAGAAGAAUUGGAGUUGAAACCGGUCCUAAGAUCGUGGAUGGUCUGGGGUUCAUUCCUUUGUUUUCUUGGUACCAUGAGAGCUUUGAUAGAGAGAAGGACAUUCAGGGGAUCUACAUUCCCUCUUUGGAGAUGGCAUGUAAGGACUUCCAUGCAUGCAAGUGGCCUGAUAGACUUUCGAGCAAGGAUUUUGCCCUUGCUGUAUACUUUGAUGCAAUGAAUGAGAAGAACAGGAUUCUGGUCAGGGACAUCCAAAGAUUGUGUGAGAGCAUAAUCACAUUCUCUCACUUUCUUCCGAGGCAAGAGCUAUGUCCAGAGAAGAGGAUGUUAUUCUAUCCAAACCUCCCUAAGAUUAUUGGUUCUGAUUAUCUUGAAGACCGCAUAAGAUCUAUACAUGGGGCCAACGGGAGUGCAACUGGUUGCCACGCAUUUGGUCAUACACAUUUCUGCUGGGAUGCUGUGCUUGAUGGUCUCAGAUAUGUACAGGCACCCUUAGCUUAUCCAAGAGAAAGGAAGAGGAGGAUGAAUGGUGGUGAAGAUUGGUUACCCUUCUGCAUCUACUGCAAUGGAAGAUUGAAUAAUCAAAUAUCACCAUGUUACUGGUCCGAUUAUUAUUCUAGAAACAAAAGAGAUCCUGAAAACAUGGAACUUGCACCUUGGGUUUCCAGAUUUUAUAAAAGAUAAUAAAACUCAUUUUCCUUUCUUUUUUU